CCCUGGGGAGGGGGGAACUACAAGUCCCAGGGUCUCACAGCUGCAGCAGGUGGGAGCUCGGAUGUUGAUAUCAACAUGGCGCUUGUCAGACAGACAAAGACAGUCAGUCUGGUGUGAUUGAGCCAAAAAAAAAAAAAAAAAAAGCCAAGAGGGAGCCAGAGGGAGAGACAGGAGGCGAGAGAGACGGGGCGAGGGGGGCGCUUUCCCUCGGGGGGGGCCGGGGAGGGGGGUCUGGCAGCCGAGGGAUUCCCCCUCCCUAUUGUUCUCGUCCCCGCGCGCCCCCCCUCACGGCGGGGCGGGGGAGGGAGGGGGCCCCCCCCCGCGGCCGCCGUUAAAUGGUGAGGUGGCGCAGGAGCCCGGAUCCAGAGAAUGGUGAAUAACACUGAAGACCCCCAAGAGGCUUUAUAACGUCCCAUCCCCAUGUAAAGUAUGCUCAGAACUUUUCCAGUAGUUCUGCUGGAAACCAUGUCUCACUACACAGAUGAACCAAGAUUUACCAUAGAGCAAAUAGACCUGCUUCAGCGCCUGAGACGUACAGGAAUGACCAGACAUGAAAUCCUCCACGCGCUAGAAACCUUGGAUCGUCUUGAUCAAGAGCAUAGUGACAAAUUUGGGAGAAGGUCUAGCUACGGAGGUGGUUCCUACAGCAACAGUACCAACAAUGUCCCAGCAUCUUCCUCUACAGCCACAGCUUCAACACAGACCCAGCAUUCGGGGAUGUCCCCAUCACCUAGCAACAGUUACGACACCUCCCCACAGCCUUGCACUACUAAUCAGAAUGGGAGGGAGAGUAACGAGAGGUUGUCCGCGUUCAACGGGAAGAUGUCCCCUACCCGUUACCCACUUGCAAACAGCUUGGCUCAAAGGUCAUACAGUUUUGAAGCUUCUGAAGAGGACUUGGACAUUGAUGACAAAGUGGAGGAACUGAUGAGGAGGGACAGCAGUGUGAUAAAGGAGGAAAUCAAAGCCUUUCUAGCCAAUCGGAGAAUUUCCCAAGCAGUCGUUGCACAGGUAACAGGUAUCAGUCAGAGCCGGAUCUCCCAUUGGCUGUUGCAGCAGGGGUCGGACCUGAGUGAGCAAAAGAAAAGGGCAUUUUACAGAUGGUACCAGCUUGAGAAGACAAAUCCUGGGGCUACGUUAAGCAUGAGACCCGCUCCUAUCCCAAUAGAAGAGCCAGAAUGGAGACAGACGCCUCCCCCAGUCACAGCUACCUCUGGGACCUUCAGACUACGGCGAGGCAGUCGGUUCACGUGGAGAAAGGAGUGCCUGGCUGUUAUGGAAAGUUACUUCAAUGAGAAUCAAUAUCCCGAUGAGGCAAAGAGAGAAGAAAUUGCAAAUGCCUGUAAUGCAGUUAUACAAAAGCCAGGAAAAAAGUUAUCGGAUUUGGAGCGAGUUACCUCCCUUAAAGUGUACAAUUGGUUUGCCAACAGAAGGAAGGAAAUCAAGAGAAGAGCCAAUAUCGAAGCAGCAAUCCUGGAGAGCCAUGGAAUAGAUGUACAGAGUCCCGGCGGUCAUUCCAACAGCGACGACGUUGACGGCAACGACUAUUCAGAGCAGGACACUUGGCAAGUACGCAAUGGGGAGGAGGAGGGAAGAUGUUCAGAGGGAGGCAGAGAAGCAGAGAAGGUAGAAGAAGACAGGAGGAUCUGCUCCAAACAAGCAAGUUACACCAUUCACGCCACACGCAAUGAUGACAGCACUAGCCAUAGUGACCAUCAGGACCCCAUUUCAUUAGCCGUGGAAAUGGCAGCGGUAAACCACACCAUCUUGGCAUUGGCCCGGCAAGGAGCCAACGAGAUCAAGACAGAGGCUCUAGACGACGACUGAUGCAGAGAAGGGGGAGGGUCAAAGCAAGAAGUAACUUAGUUUUAGACGUAGCACCUUAGCAGACUUUCCUCGGUCCUUAAUAUGUGUUCUUACAGUAUAACUUUGCAGUUUCUUGUACGUCAGUUAGCUGUUAGGGUCUUGUUCUGUGAAGAUGGCAUGGUGCCCUCAGCCUUUGCAUAUACUCUCUCAGUAUUAAUUCCCAAUAAAUAAUCAAUCAACCAACCAACCUCCCUCUCCCAGCCCCAGUGGCUAGAAAAAUCUUGCUGCUCUGUCUUAGCAUUCAAAGUGCUUCCAGGUAUUUUAGACAGCCCUCAAUUACAAGUCUUAGGCUACACUUAAAACCUUGGAUACCCGUAGACAUCGUGUAAAAAUAGUCUGUACGCUUUUCCUUCUCUGAGACUGAAAGGAUGCAAGCUGAGGUAGUGGCACAGGGUCGAUGGACACCAGAUUGGGAGUAUCAACAGAGAGUAAAAAGAACACUAGAAACCCCACUUCAGCCUGGGAAUAAAUGAUUUCCAGCUGCAAUAAGCCGUGCCUCACUGGUCAUACAGUGACUUGAUAUACUUUUGGGUGCUGUGCUGAGAAUGUCCAUUGGAAACACAUUCACAUAUUUCGGUUGAUGUUCACAUAUUCAACACAGACAUCCUCUACUCUCACAAGCUGCGUGGCUUAGUGGAUAAGUACUGCCUUCUGCCUCUGGGACCAUGAUUGAAGCCCAGCCCGGGAUCAUAUGAAAAAUGAGCUGAAUGUCUAAUGGACAACAGUCCACUUCUCAAAACCACUAUUCAUUAUUUGGCAUGGCUAGCAGUGCCUGCUCAGAAGAGGUCUAGACUCUAUUGAUCUGUCAUUAACAAUUUCACGUUUUAUUCUUCCUCUCACCUUUUCUGUCCCCUCCCUACUUCCCUCCCCACUUUGCCACUUUCAAAAAGCAAUGUUUUCCAGGAAGGUAAUAAGGUCAUAAAAUGGGUGAGUGAAUUUUUACAAAUCUGUGUAUAACUAAUGCCUACAUCCUGACUAGCCUGAAAGAUUAUCGGAGACCUUUUGCACCUGACCUUUGCUAAUUAACCAUCAUAGCAUAAAUAUUCUCCUAAAUAUGGACUUUUGGGUUUGUUUAAAGGCAGGAGGAUCUCUUACCUGAGAAAUGGGGUGUGAAUGUUUUGUGUUCUCUUUACUCUGUCCUUGUUAAGAUGUGAGAAAGCUAUACUGCUACGAGCAAUUUAAUUAAUAAUUGGAAGCCAUACUGAUAAUGGAUGUGGUAAUAUUUGUAAAGCAAACCUACUUUAAGUAGCAGAAACUAAUGGAAUUGUUUUCCUUGAUCAUAUGUAGCACUUUUGUUACUUUUUUCUUAAAGAUAUUUAUAUUUGAUAAGUCUUUUUUUUAUCAUUUGAGAAUUCAAAAUACCAAACAGCAAACUUGCAUUACAGAGUCACCCUGCGAUCACCUUGUCAUCUAGUAUCUAAAUGAUGAACUGUGUGUGCAUCUAAGAAAAUUACAUCUGCUGGCAUUGUGUGGAAAUGAUCUCCUGGCAUCCUGAUAAAAUGAUAUGUUGCUGCCGGUAAGAGGAAACAUUUCAAUGGAAACAGCACGGGAAGUGUUAGAGACGGGCAGGACUGUGUUACAUUAAAAAAAGGAGAAAACUAUGGAAAUUUUUGUAUGCGGGUAUAUAAAAAAUUUCCAUAGUAUUUCCACAACAUUCCAUUUUAUCUUCCCCAUUUGUGUGGGAAUAGCUUAAGAGGGGAAAAUAGCUCGGCUCGGAAGGAUGGGUUUCCUUUUUCUCCUGUGCACUUGUAAAGGUGGAGGGAAAGAGGGGAAGUUGCUAUGCCGUGGUUUGUUCGCGUCCCUCCUCCCUUCCUCGCGCUUAACUAUCAGAUAGCAUUGCGAACUCUUAAAAUGUGGCUCCUCAGCAGGUUUUUAGCCAGCCUAAACCCCUUCAAGGCAUAGGCUAACUAGAUCAUCUUCACAUCUGUUAAUCUUGUGAAAAUUGCUUAGGUAAGUGUGGAGGAGAUUUUGUGCUUUCGGAGGGCACAGAGUUGGCACCUCUUUGUCUCUGUACCUUCGAAGAUAUAUAGGUAGGGCUUGGCCCCGUCUUUCAUUUAUGGAUUUCAUUGGAAAAUUUAUGUGCUUUCCUCAGAUAUAGAUCACUGGAGCAGAAUGAAGCCGUCCUUUUCUGUUUUAUUGCAUUUCUUGAGUAGGCAAAUUUGUAAGUAGCAUCAGGACAGACUCAGGAAAGAAAGAAAUUGGAUCAGCUACCAUUGCACCAUUGCAGGUUGGGGGUUUUUUUUAGUGUGUGUACGAGGAGUGUUUUGGUACUAAGGAGUGAAAGGAAGGGGAGAGCUUUUAUUUCUAUUUUUGCACAGCAGAAUGAUCGAGCAAACUAUAGCCUUAGUGGAAUUUUACCUACUUAUUCAUACUACAGUCACACACCAAGCUGACAAGCAACAUCCACGAUUUAUUGUAAGGAGAUUUUAAUAAUCGAUGGCCUCUUUAUGUUGGGAUUGCCACCACCAUUUGUUCUGGCUGUUUCAUUUUAAAAAGAACAGACUCAAACUGUUGGACAGCUGCAAUUUUAAAAGAAUUAUUGCUUACUACAGCAUCUUAAAAAAAAAAAAAAAAAGUCAUUUCUAGCAUUGCCUUUUUAAAGCAAUAGGGAAGAAUAGAAAUAGUGCUAAAAUGUCUAGAUCCUGAAUAUUGGUCCAUUUGAUGCAAGAUCAAAGUAACACCACUAAAAUUGUAUAUUUAUGCCAUCUAAUAUAGAAUAAGCUGGCCUUAAUUCAGUCAGUCACUGUCAGAUAGCUGCUGGUCUCAUAAUGCAUCAGUAUCCAGCAUGAAGGUUAAACGGAUAAAACACUUGCAAACGUUUGGAGAUUGGCAGAUCCUCCUCGGCUGUAGAUUCCUGGUAAACAGCAGUUUGUCGCUCUCCUCUUCUCAGCAGAGAAAAUAACAAAACUGGGGGAUCAGUCGUGCAAAGCAAACGACACUUAGUUCCAUGGUGUGUUUUUGUUUUUUUCACCCGGCUUUGCCCCUAUCCAUUUUGGCUUUUCUUUGGCCACCAAGAGGUACGAGGAAGGAGUGAGACUUUGACUGUCAUCAGGAUGCUGACGGCAGCUUAUUUCCUUUAUUCUGGAAGUUCAUAAUGACCAUUCGCAGUUGACUAAUAACUUUCUGGUUUGAUGUGAAUGAGCUUGAAUGGAGCAAACACUGGUGUGAUGGUGUCAGGAGAAACGCUCCCGAUCUUGAGUAGCUGCGAGAGUUGGUGGAGUGAGUGUCCUGGAGCUUAGCCGUUGUUCUCGGUGUGUUUCCGCAGUAUGGAAGUCCUCUUUGUGUUUCUGUCUCUGGAUUUUUAUGAAAGUGGAGCCUCUUUUUUGUAGCAUUGCAAUACGGUAGCAACUUAUUGUAACCAGUCUGAAAUUAUUGCAAUUUGUUCUCGUGUGUGUUCCAUUGAAAUGGAUCUGGUUGCAGACUGGAGCUACCUGUUGGUUCUGUGAAUAGCGACGAAAAUAUUCAAGAUACUCCUCCUCUGUGAUGUGCACAGAUUGCGUUUAACUUUGUAGAGUAAGUUCUGGUUGUUAUUUUGUGGCUCAUAAUGUCCUUAGUACUUGAGUCAUUGUCUCUCACCAUCUUUUUAAAACAACAAUUUCUACCUCCGCUUCCUUUUUUAUAUUGUUUUGAAUUCUCCCUGUCUUUUUCCUAAAGUGUGAGAUCCCAGAUGCUUGCGAAAGCUCAAUUAGCUGAUGAAAAUAAAUAAACAUAGCAACAAGCAGGCAUAUUAUUCUUUGCUGCCCCAGAGUUGUAGAGACAUCUUCUAAUACCCUACGAACAUGCGUGUUGUUAGAGCGUAAUUCCAUUACUUAUAUAUUGAACAUGAACGAGUUGACCGUGAAUCAGCAGCACACUCUUGCAGCAAUUAAGGCUAACAACGUAUGGGGCUGCAUUAGGAAGAGCAGUCAGCAGGUCAGGGGAAGUGAGUAGUGCCCUCUGUUCAUCAUUGGUGAGACCACAUCUGGAGUACUGUGUCCAGUUUUGGACCAACAGCAGGAAGUCCAUCGUAGGGCCACCGCUGGCUGGUGCACGUGCCCGGCAAUGAGACGCGGAGAGAGCUGCGUUUGCUCAGACUGGCUCUGGGGAGGAUCUUAUUUUGGUCUUCAGCUGUCUCACGGGUGGUUUAAGAGAAAAGAGAGCCAGGCUGUCAGAGGUGUGUAGCAAACGAUGGCAGGCAACGGGCACAAGUUGCAUUAAGGAAAAUUCCAGGUGAAUCUAAAGAAAAAAAAUGUUCACGCUGAGGGUGCUCAAACAGUGGAACCGUGGCCCAGAAAGGCAAUGGGAAAACCAACUGGAUGAGGUUGGGGGCUGGCGUAGAGACCCCCCGAGGUCCCUUCCAACCCAAAUUAUUCUACAAUUCUGCACGUACCUGCUCAGGUCAAGAAGGUGUUUUCUAGUUCUGAUCUAUAAAUGUUGACCUGUUUAAAGAUAUUCUGUUAAAUUUUUUUUGUUAUUUUACCUAUUCAUAAAAUUCCUAUUCAUGUUAUUUUGCCUGUUCUCCCAUAAGACGUGAGCUUUAUUUGCAGAGUCUGGCUCCAAGUUCCAAUCAAGCCAUAAGUAAUAAAUUUCCUAAAUUAUCUGCUCUGUUUCUGUAGUUCUUCAGGGAAUUGUGAAUUAUUCUAUUUGUUUCAUUGGCUAACAUCAAAUUGAUCGAGUUUUCUGUGUUUUCAAAACAUCUGUGCUGCAGCUCAGUUUUAGCCUUCGUUUGAGUGGUUUUUGCAUUGUCUUGCUGCUGUGAGUGGAACUUUAAAAACAUCACAUAGGGGAACAUAUUAGUGGUAAAACUGUAGCUAAUUUAAACCCGGUGGUGACUAUUAUGAUAAGCUUGUUUGGUUUGAGAAAUCCUUAAUUGUGGAUUAUCAGAAGCUGGAAGCUGGCAAAGAGACACGUUAUACUUGCUUGGAUUCUCAUCUUCGUUCUGCAAGUCUCUUCUCUUGGGCACUGCUAGAGAAAAACGUACUGAACCAGACAGAUUUCAGGUCCGAUUUGGAUGUUUUUUUGAGGGGAAAUCACGAUUUGACAAUAUAGGAUGGCAUUGGAUGAGUUAGUAUCCCAAAUGGUCCAUCCCGCCUUCGAAGUGCAGAGGAACGUGGAGAUGAGUUCACUAAGAUUUUUCGGUUCCCCUAUGCGAUAUAAAAGCUUUUCCCUCACAGUGCGAUGCUGUUUGCAAAGAAAUAAAAUGAAAGCAUCCUGCUGGCCUUCCUCCAGGGCCGUUGGGUCACUCCGAGCAGCAACCUUAGGCGUUUUUGUUGAAAUAAGCUUUGCUCUUUCUUCAGCCAGGGCUUCCCACCCAAGUAGCUCUUGCGUUCCUGGAAGUUAUUUUGCCUGGUAAUAGUAUUUUGAUCAAAGUCUUAAGCUUGUAGGCAAUAAUCUUGAGCUCAGUGUAGCGUUUAUGAUCUGGCAGGAAUCUUUCUUGGCAGGAUUGGUCUUGCAAACUGUGUUACAUGCCGGUGACCUAACGCAUAUUCAUUCUUAUGAGACAGCUGUAGGGUUUUCUGUGUUUUAAUGCCUUUUAGUCGCAGUCGUCCGGGUCGUAUCGUGAGCCUGGCUUAAUUUAGGGGAAUUUUGUGAAGUCGGGCGUUUUCACUGUGAUUUCUUGGAAGGCAAAGUCGAUGGCCUGACCGAAAGUCCCUUGCAGUUCCCAAGGAGAUGAACCGUGGAGAUGUUUCAGGAUAAAACAUUCCCCCUUAGGCUUUUGUGCAGCUGGGAUAUUUACUCAGGAUUUUGAAUCUAUUGGCCAACAGGCAUUUGGCAAGCCGAAAAGCAUAGCCCUAAAUCUCUCCUUUUAGUUUCUAUUAGUGUUGUCGGAUUUAUGGGAUUUAAACUGCCCAAUUAAAGAUAACACACGUUAAUGAAGAAAAGAGGCAUUCUAGAGAUGGCAGCUAUAAAUUAGAAUUUAAAAUACACAAAAAUUAUUUUUCUCCUUUGCAAGAAACGUGUUAGUAACUAGAAAAGUGGACUUGGUCAUUUUGAGGACUGUCAACAGAUGACAGCAUUUUGAUGUUGGUUUUUGUCCAGCAAAUAUAAAUAAAUCAAAUAAGUGAAAAUAUUCUCGGUGGCACCAGUGAAACAGAGGUGUGAGGAGAUGAAUCCAAAUGUCUGAGUUGUUGUUUAUCCCUAACCUUGGCCUUAGGUUUUAUAACUCCGAAGCAGCUCAGAAUUGCUUGUCCAUGCCUGAUUUCACGAAGCCGUCUAUCAAACGUACGUGAAGCCGUAGCUCAGAUGGGAUUGACACAAUUACAAUAAUCAGUACAAAACUACGCUGUUUUCGUUGAGCUGCUUCUGCCACACACUCUUUAGGAAAAUCCACAUCAUACUUGGGUUUGUACUUACUGGAAAAAGUAACUAAAAAGAUUUUGCCGUUUCAAGGUAUCUCUUAGUCCGUGAUGUCUGCCACGUGCCACGUGCCCGUCAGUGUGGUAUCCAGGAGAUUAUAUUGGCAGCUUAAGUCAUGGAUAUAGGAAAGGACUUGCCGUUUGGGAUGGGAAAAACCCACAGAACAUCUUUAAAUGCCCCUUUUUUGAUCCAGAAGCUAACUCAUGGGUGACUGCUGCAGCGUCGUGCUCUUCCCUGUUCUUUCUAGUGAGCUUUGGAGUCCUCUGGCCAACAGCUUAGGCACGAGUGAGCUGAUACCACUGAACUGCAGUGAACUGCGUAAUGGGCCUUUGCUGUUUCCGUAUGUCCAGUGCAUCUCGCGCUCAGCUGGUUUGGCACGAUGCUCUCCCCGGGCCAUUUAUUCUCUCUUCCCUCCUUUAUUAAAUGCAAGCGGCUGUAUUCUGCUCAUCAAAACAUACGGCACAGUUCUGCGAAAUCUUUUCAAAACGUAGCCAGAGUAACUGGGUUGGGUAGCAUAAAUGCAUAGGAGCAUGGCAGUGAGAGGAAUGGCAGCUCUUUUGAGUGACUGGGUGUCCUCCUGACAUGUAAUUAGCUGCUUUAGAAAGAUGGGGAUUGGCAUGGUCAUAAUUAAAAGGAUUUCUGUCUUUUCUGUGAUUGAAAACAGAAGAUCUUCCGCCCCCUAAUUCCCUUUAAUACCAGUGUUAUUAGUGACACUUGGAACAGCUACUCUGUAAACUUAAAUAAUGACCUGUUCCUAAUGGCAACUUGCAACAGCAGAGCCUGAAACUGGAUUUAGUUUCUAUGCAAAGCUGCUUCUCUUCCUGUUUUGUUUUUGGGUUUUUUUUUUUUUUUUUUUUUUUUUUUUUUUUUUUGCUCGAGUAUCUAUUGCUUCUCAGUGAGUUUCAGAAACAAAACUAACGUUUAGUUCUGUGCGAAAGCGUCAUUACAGGUUACGCAGCGCUCCGGUUUAGUUCUUGCUUCGUUGCUUGGUUGUAGCGGCGUUGUAGGACAGAAGAUGAGCCAUGGUCCGGGACUCCGUUGCGUUCCUCGCCCUGGGUUUUCAGCCUGCCCGCGGGUAGAGAGGGCAGAUUGCACCGUUAGCCUCCAGCUCCCGCUGCACGCGGAGAAUGUAACUAGCUCUGCUUGACCACUGCAGGUUAUUUUCUGUGGACUCUUCGUUUUGGAAGCCUUAGCAGCAGUUGUUGUCCCAUGCAGAGCUGUAUUGUCCAAAGCCAUCUACUGCUCGCGUGGUGCGGUCUUCUGAGUUAGCCCACCUCUUCCUUAAGAAAUCACAAAGUUGCCUGCACCUGGAUAGUUUGCUGGACACUAUGCUUGCUGUCCUAACCACACAACGGGACGGGAUAUAUGGUGGUGACCUAAAAUAACAUCGUGAUCUUUCUGUGAUAUGUUGCUAGAUGCUGAAGAACUACCUGUCGUAGGGCGUUAUGUGCCUUUCCAGUGUAUGCUUAUGCGAGAAACGUUAUCUGCUGAUUAAUCUUGAACACAGCAGAGCCUGUCCUCCGUUUUUGCCCUUCAACUUCUUGACCAUUUUUUUCCAUAGUGCUGUUCUCUUGCUGUGAUUACUCAUUAGAGGAGUUUAUGAAGCUUCUUAGCGUGGAAAGAUGUAUUUAUAGUCUCUUAGUCAAAUUUAGGAAAAUUAGCAGGUACCUAACUCCAGCUGAUUUGCAAAAGAAGUUACGAGUUUAACUUACUGAGUCACUUCUUUAAAUCCUCCAGUUACCUUCCAGCUUCCUUGUACUGAAAUACUUGUGUAAAUCUCAUCCCUUUUCACUGUGGAUCCGCACAGACCUGCCGGUCACGGGUACUUCCGUUCUUCCAGCACCGCUGCCACUGGUGGUACUACCCUCACAGUACCGAUGGUAGGAACUUCUUCUCUAGGAUAGAAAUUUUUAGAUAUUAACUCAUUGCUGCUGUCGUUGGCCUCAAUUCAGCGUCCUAUACUUCUCUCCCCACCCCUUCUCCUUAACUAAUUAGUGUCUUCCAUGUUAUGGCAAGAUGGCAUAUGUAGCUUAAAUAACACACCUCUCUAAUUAAGAGGUUGACUUUAGCUUUCUGAGAUAUAUUUUACAUCACUUGAGAUUUAAAAAUACAUUUUACUUACAACAGUUUCCAUCAAGUCGCUCAAGGAGGGCAAAGAGAUAAUGAAAAUAAAUUAUUAAUUAAAUCUCUCUCACCCAAUAUAUUCCAUUAAGAAUAUUAAGAAAAUACCCCAUUCCUCAAAGCUCAUCUGACUUCUGCGAUGCUUAUUUUUUAAGUCUGCCUGCUGAUAAAGUUGCUGCUCUCUCUCUUUGACAGGAUUGUAGUGACAGCACGGAAAGUGUCCUUCAAGAGCUAGCCAGAGCCAGGGACUUGGAAUAUUGACUCACCGAUCAGGUUUUCCUCUACCAGAGGGCAAGGCAUUGCAUUUGUGCAUUAUGAUGAGUAAGCAGAUCUUUUGGAGCCCAAAAUGACAUAGCUUUUCCCUUGGCAAGUCCAAGCUGCCUUUAGAUCAAAAGGUUUGAUGUAUUUUUGGAGUGGAAAAGAGCAUCUCGCCUUUUUGCAGUGGGUGGAGUGGUCUCGGUUUAGGUGGAACGACAGUGGAUUCAGAGAGGCAAAGUGAAGAACUGACAGGUUGCCGAGAAAAAACAGCUGCAUUGCACAAAAUACGUAACGACUAAUUGAGAAGGGUAAACAUUUAAUCCUAGAUACUUUAUUGCUGAGACACUUGAAGCAGCUUAUUAAAUGCUCCAAAAUCUCCGGCGUGUAUUUCUUUUUGCCACCACAUCUUUGUGGCGCACCAUCUAGCAUUGUAAAGUACGUUUAGGCCUCGUUACUGGAAUUUGGGACGUGAUUCUGUACCAUCUGCAGAGGUAGCUGUCUGUUGGGUUAGCUAAGCACUUAAGUCUUCGCGCCCAGCUGCUUGUCGGGCAGUAGCAGUUCAAUUCUGCACCUCUUCCUUCCUUUGGAGCUCUUUUAAGUCACAGAAGCUGUGUGCUGCUGCGUCUCUAGGGGUUUGGAGGCAAGAAAAGCUAUCUGAGCUUAGGGAGGAGAUCCACCCAUUUGUAGAGCUUCCAGAUUUUUUAUCAGUUGAGAAUCUGCCCCUAGAUUUCAACAAAACUCAAUUAGUUUGUGCUGGGAUUUGUAGCACAAGCAGGAACAAAACAGUCUUUGUGUUGCCUUGUCGGUAGUUCAGUGACGUGAGCUUGGAAAUGAGGCAGCUGAUUAGGAAACGUGAAGGAAUCAAUGUGGACAUUCAGAAGGUAUCUUCAAAUGCGUGGAAAGAAAUUUAUUCCGUUAAUGUUUAUAAAUCUGUCGGAUACAAAUGGUAAAAUUUGUAAAGACUUAGGCGGAAAAGGCAGACAUUUUCAAUUAGGUAGGGUAGGCGUUGGGGGGGGGUUUCUUGUCGUUGUUUUUUUUGCAUUUGGAAGGGCAGGAUGGUUCAUUCAUCCCACAGGAUGGAGCAGACAGCGUAGGAAGUUUGCAUCACAAGUAUGGGAGCCCGUACGGUAUGCAGGGUCUCCGCGAAGGUGAGAGCCUGGUCCCUUCUGGCCUUAAUUCUUAAACUCUGAUUCCAAAGAGGUAGACUUGUCUUUUAAUUUUACAGUAGUAUCUGAUAAGUUGUAGUGAUGUAAGUCCUCGAGGGGUUCUCUGCAGUAAGAACUUCUUGCAAGUGCGACUGUCCACUGGAGAACAUAUUGUGCCUUAUGUCUCUAAGCAACGUGAAGUUCCACUUAUGUAUGAUAAAUAUCUUUUUACACUUUAUACUUCUGCCAUAGUGGGAAUCAAACAAAUGUAGUUUUGAUAAUCGGUGGUCUGUGCAUGCUGCCAUGUUUCUUAGAUUUGCUUCGGUCUCUUACAGAUUCAGUCUACCUAUUCUGCCGACCUGAAGAUACCUACCUAAAUGCCAGUCAGUGCUGAGCAGCUAAGAUAGCGAUAGGACAGCAUUAUUCCAUUCAUGUUAUUUUUGCUUUGUAUGUAAAAAUAAAACAACCCCAAAGCCCAGGUCUAAAUUUCAAAUCCUGAAUUCUGUGUUGCUUUUCACCAUAUUAGACAUUGGGGUACAUGAAUUCCAGGUGUUAAGGGUACUUUGCAUUGGUUUUUUACUACUACCAGAGCACGUUUAACAUAAAAAUCAUGUAACGUGGAAAAACAAAUCUGAUCAGUCAUGAGCGUUUCCUUGCAGCUGCAGUGCCUCAAGCAACGAUUUUUGCAGAUAGUUUUAUCAGGAGCCAGAGUGCUUCAAAAAUUAUCCUGGCCACCAGAACUCCUCCUGCUAAACCGACGUCUCCUCUUGAGAUUACUUGUUACACUGAGCCUCUGUUUCCUUGAAGGGAGUCCAGACACGUGUUUUGAGCUAUACCUCCUUCAGCUGCUCUGAGCCAUUCAUUUUCCUCCGAAGCUGCUUCUUGUGGGUACAGAAUUUGUCACGUAAGCGAUUUUCCCAAACUGUAAUGCUCUUUCUUUGGAGAAGUUGUUGUUUUUGUCUUUUGUCCAAGCUCACUCGCACCUUGGUAAUCCUAUUUUGCCUGGUUUACCAGUGAUUUUCUUAUACUGAAGUGCUCUGACCUGAACCCAGUGUUCAUAAGGUCUAAAUAAGUGAUGUAUGUUCUUUCCAUCCUAACAAGAAAGUGAUCUGUACAGCCCAGUGUAGUACUGAAUUUUAGAUUUGGUUCAGAAUAUUGUGAUAUUAUAUUAUGAAUUAAAUCCUUUGAGCUUUCUGCUAGCCAAAAGACAUAGGGUUUUUUCCAUACGGUUAGUUAAUAGCGUUUCUCCUUCCCCUUGCCUCCCUCGGUUUAUGUAGUUUUAAAGCUUAGAUUAGCAAAUCAGGGAAAUAGUAACUUUUAAGUGUAAUUUUUUUUAUUAAUACCUGGAUUGUCUCUUUAUUAACUGGUUACUGGGAUGACUAGUGCUGGGCUUUGCACUUCAACAGAUAUUCAGUGACAGUCUAGCAAGUCGUUUGCAAAAAUACAGGUAUGUCACGGAUACGGCAGCCCUUGAAAGCAGCUGAAUUUGACAUUUCUUGCACACAAUUAUAGUGCUCAGGUUUAUCCGUGUGAUGAGUUGUCUGUCAAUGGUUGUUUGCUGCCUGUCCCGCUCGCGUUAGCGUUAACUCACUGCUUUCCGUGCCCUUUCUCCCUUCUUGCGGCCUGCAGUGACUUCUGCCCUUUUAAUUCUGGUCCUUCUUGCUCUCUCCACUUCUCGUGCUUCUUUCUCCCUAGGGCAGGCACUUCUCUACCUUCACAGCCUCCAGCAUUUAUGGUUGGACAUUUUUUAAUUCCUUUCAUAGUGCUUCGGUCCAAGUCAACACAUUCCCCUUUCCUUUUGCCUAGUAGAUGGUGCUGUAUCCAUUGCCUACUUGAAGUCUGGAUAUAUAUUGUCUGCAGUGAAAUACAAGUAAGAAAUAUUUUAGAGUCCACUCUGACCAUAUUAAAAAAAAUCAUCUCCUAAAUCCAGUCAAAUUACAGCAGGUUCUUUGCUUGCAGACUCCUGUGUGAAAUAAUGUAGUUCCAAGGUCUUGGACCAUGGUUAACGGAGAGGGACAAGGUAGUAGUGUUUUUUUCCCUUUAAUUUUAUAUUUUCUUGCUCGCACUUAGUAUUGGACGCUGUCUUAACCCAUGCAGUUGGUUAGGGCAGUGUCGCUUGGCCUUUUAACGUGGGGGGUUUGGCCAGGAUGGUGUAGACUUGCAUCUAAGGAGGCCGUGUCCUGGCCAGGGUUGUCCGUUCACCCAGGGCGCGGGAGCUCGUUUUGCAGCCAGAGUAGCGUUGUGAUUUUUUAGAUUGUUUUUAGAUGUGACGAUGAUGGGGAAAAACUUGGACUGAAACCACGUUUCCAAAUAGGUAGGAUAAGGAAAAUAGCGUUUGGAUGUUGAGCUACCCAUCUUGAGAUAUUAUCCACUGCGCUCUUUCUCUUGGCUUCUGAAUUAAAUGUAGAUGUUCAUCUUAUGACUUGUGCCCACUUGAAGAUUAUGAGUUGUUUUGAGCUUCCCUGGGGUCCGAGCCCCGUCCGUUCGUUGGAGAGGAACAGAUUUGCUGGUUGGAAUAUAAACUCGAGAGCAGAAACCCCGGCGUAGCUGAGCAGCCGUUCUGGCGAAGGGUGAUGGAUCCAAGUGAGUUGUGUCCGUGGGGAAUGCCGUUUUGACCGGCUGGUUGACCAGCCAGCCAGCCUUGGCUGGCUCCCCCUUGGUCUUCGCGCUCUUCCCAAAGCUCGCGAAAGCCCGGGAAGUGCGAGAUAUGUGCAGUACUUCUUUUAUUUUUUUUUUUUUUCCUUAGUGUCAAUUUAAAAAGUGCCUAAGUGAGUAACAGGACUCCAGGGUGAGCUGGAGGAAUAGGAUUUUAGACCUCGUUCCCCUCUUAAGGAAAGAGCCCUCCCCGCGGUCCUUCUGCACGCAGAGUCCGGCCGGGAAGAAACCUCCGCUCUUCCCUGUGCCCCCCAUCCCACCGCUCCGUUUCCAGCCCCGAAUUUUAUCGGUGGGGAACGUCUUAACUUUCUUGGCCAUCUCCGAUUCAGGACAGAGGGGACGGAGGGGGGAGCAGAUUUGGUAGGAAGCUGCCCCUCGGGUUGCAGCCGCGAGGAGCUUGGUGCAUCCAUCCGUGUCAGCCCGCAGCUCCGACUCUGGGUCCAAUACACGUAUUUAACCACCCCUUUUCGGAAACGCGGAGGCGGUUUCUUCCUCUAUUCAUAAUUAUUUCUAGGCUUAGAGUAGUGGCGCCUGCUCGAGAUUUUGUCAAAGUAACGUAACUAGGGGCAGGCGGUUAUAAUUUUGUAAACAUACCUGAGAAUUUUAUCUGGGUAAAAAAAAAAAUUGAAAAAUAGAUAUCAGUGCUAGUUUAAGCAAAAAUUGCAUUAAAGGAGGAUUUCUUCUGACCACAUUAAAAGGAAAUAAAAUAACAGAACACUAUUAAGAUGUAUUAGUCCCACUUAAAGGGUCCCGAAAAUGAAAGCAAUCCAUCUGUAGGUGUUUUAUUUUUCAUUAGUAACAACAUGUUGUUUUCACUCUGACAACUUAGUACCGCCGGAGCCGGGGGAGCCUCGGGAGCAGCUCUCGGCGGGGAAGCCGAGGGCCGUCUCCUCCGCAGGGAAGAGCGCGGUAGCUUGCCGGGUGCGCGCGGGCGGCGAUCGAAGGGGAACCUGCUGCUGGUGGGACUCGAGUGGCUGCGGAGCCCGGGGGGGCCCCUUGGAGAUGCCUUUUUUACCGGGGAUCAUUUUUUUCCCCCCCUCAAAGCGAUUGUCAAUAGGCCGCGGUUGGGAUUGGAAAGCGAUUUAACGCGGGUGUUGCAGACCUAGGAGGGAAGGGACAGCGGGGCAGUGUCGGAGGCACGAAACAGAGAGCUGGGAGCCCGGACGGACGCCGAUCCGCCCCGGGAAGGGACCCCGCGAAAUCCGCCCCCGUCUCGUCUGCCUUAAGUGUCCUGCACACCUCGAGAGGUGACCAUGGCGUCCGCGAGCCCUGCCUUCACCCCCUUCUUCUUUCUUUGCAUUAGCACUAGCGCGCGCACGCACACACACACACACACACACACACACACACACACACACACACUGGAAUGUAUAUCCCCCCUUCCCUCCCCACGUCCUCUUGACCUGGUCCUUGCUGUAGCCACCACCGACUCCUCUUGCAAAUUGGAUGCUGCUUUAAAUGUGAAAACAAAUGUUCAAGAAGCUAUAAAAAAAACCUGAAUGAAAGCUAAAGCUGAAUUUAUAAAGCCUUGUUGCAUAUGAGCCAAAAGUGCAAAAAGCUCUAUAUAAUGAACUAACCUGCCACUCAUAUAAAUAUAAAUAUAUAUAAAUAUAUUAAAAUCAGACUGUUCUACAAAAUUGUGUAUUUGUAUUUUUGUGUACGUACAAUUUUCUGCUAAGCAGAAGGAGGAUGUAGUAUAGGAUGAUGUGAGAAGAGAUUUUGUUUAAUCAUAUUUCUUUGUUACUUAUUUUUGUUAACAUCCAGAUGCCUGUCUUUGUCUUAUGUGUAUGACACUGUUCGAAAGAUGCAGCCUCCCUCUCCCGCCGGCGCAGCGAAGCCGCCUCCGGCUCGGCCGAUGCCGCCGUUGUUGCGCCAGGGCUGCUCGCUCGAAGGCUGCCGGCAACGGGCUCGUCGUGCCGCCGCUCCCGACGGUAAUGUCAACUCGGCCGCGGUCCCUUUGCUCUCGGCCCGAAAUAUCGGGGGGAGAAAAGGCCGCCGGGCCGAGCCAGGGGGUUAAACCUGGGGUUAGGACGCUGCUGGGGAGCGAAUCUCAGGCAGCGCCGCCCCAGAGGGCCGGGAGCCUCUCGUGCUGGGCCGCGCUUGCCGUAAAGACAUCGAUUUUUAAGAGGAACGCCCCAAAAUCUUCUGCAAAUCGUUGCCUUUACGGACAAGCCCGGGGCUUUGCCAUGAGUGGAGCAGAGCCGAGGCUGAGCUCCCCGCGUGCCGCCUUCCCUCGGCGGCCGGUACCACGAGCCCACGACGUACCAACCGCUUCCCUUGCAUCCUUUGCUCACUUUUUUAUUUUAUUUUAAUUUUCUUUUUGGUUUGUUUUUAAUUCCCGACAUUCAGUUUGACCCGCGUUUCGGCCCCGGGAGAGCGACGCUGCAUCUUUCCACGUAGGGCUCAUAUUUAUAACGAUGUGUAAUGACUGUAGCAAAAGUCCUUGUUUCUAUAUGUGAAUGGACAGAGAAACAAGUGCUCUAUUGUAUUGAUUAAAAUAGUUAAAAUGAGUCCUGUAUCAUUGUAUCUCCUAUUCUGGAUUAGUGCCUUUUGGACAGUAGACUGUUCUGUAAUUAAAAUGUAGUAUAACUGCUUUUUUGUACAGUUUUGUUUUAAUAAAACUUUUUUUUAAUUUGUGUUUAUUUUAGUAUUGUACCUAUUAGAAAAUAAAACCGUAUAACUCAA